AUGUUGACAUAUUUUCAUGACUAUCAGUCGAGCUCGAUGGCAACCAUAUUUUUUGUUUGUUUAAACUUUAAAGUCUUUUUAUGUCAAACUUUCAUGAGGCGAAAUAGUAGUACAUACAGAUAAAAUUUAAGGAAGAUGAGAGUGCUGAUUAUCGCUGCGUUUUUUCUCACGUUGCAAUGCAUUAAUGGUGAAUAUACACUGCAAGGCACAAUGGGAGAGUAUAUCGGGCUACCAGUUAGCUUGUAUUGUUCGGAAUAUGAUUACGGAUAUCUACGGUUGGGUGGUAUCACUAUCAAUAACACCCCUCUCUCUGAAAAAAACCAAAAUGCUGCUUUUAGACAGUGUGAAAUUCAGAUGAAGAAGAUUGAGCAAGAAAGAAAACACCCUGUUCAUGAUAGAUCUGGCACUGAAUGUGUUUUAACUUUUCCUGGGUUGAAAGUAAAUGAUAGUGAUGUUAUCCGGGCUGUGUACAGCUGCUAUGAAAACAAACCAAGCGGAUCACCAGCAUGGGGAAAACCAGACACGGCAGGUCCGGAAAACUACGAAACCGUGGAAACGUCAAAGAACGAAUUGUUAUCUGUUGUUUGUAAAAAGAAGAAGGAAAUGAUUUUUAUUGUGCUGGCUAAAAUCAACGGUGAAAUUAUUGAUUCGAAAGUACAUCCAGACCUUGAUGCAACAAAGUUAACGCAAGUAUGUUUUGGUCAGUGGAAAGAAAAGUUGGAAUCAGGUUCACCAAAGCACAAAAAUCCAACAUGCGACAUAAUGAAUAAAAAAAGUUAUGGUGGAAAACUCACUAUAAUUUAUUCAUGCAUGGCUGAUGGUCAAGAGAGAAAAAAAGUUGGAAAGCCGAAGAAAUAUGUCUUUUAAAAAGUUGUAAAUUAAAAUUACAAAAGAGAUUUGCUAAACUUA